ACUGAUUACUUAGAAACUGAGUGAACUUUUUUUUUUUUAGCAGUCUAACAAAUUUACUGCUUCUUUUUUUUCCCACUUAUUCUCAUUGUGUAUGUGUUUUUUGUUUUAUUUUAGCACAAAACUGAAUUAAAUACAUUUAUGUAUAAAAAAGAGGCUUCAUUGUAGUUUGGUUUGUGCAUUCUGGAGGUCUGGAGGGUUGUAAUCUGAUAUCCAGAUGUUGGUUUGUGCAAAGGAGUACAACGGUUGGAACAGGGAAAACAAAAAUAGGCGGAGGAUUUAGAGGGGACUUCUGUUGUUUGGACAAACGGGAAGCAGAAUUGUUAUGUCAGGGGAACGCAAGGUUACACAUUCACUGACAUUUCAACCAGCAGCUCAGCAGGACUGUUCAUUGAAAACCACGAACGCUGGAUUCUUCUUGAUCAGAGGGAGAAGUCACAGAGUGUGAGGCUGCAGACGCUUAAGCCAUGGGGUCACAUCCAGCCCUGGUGUUCGCCCUGCUGUUUUCAGCUACUCUGUCCUCCAGUUGUGAUGGUGGGAAAGUGCUGGUUUUCCCUAUAGAUGGAAGUCACUGGCUUAACAUGAAAAUCCUGGUGGAGGCGCUUCAUUCUCAGGGCCAUCAAAUAACAGUACUGCGCACCUCUACCAGUUGGUAUGUUUCAGAAUUCUCACCCCAUUACACCUCCAUCACCAUCCCUCAGGAACAGUCCCAAAAUUUGGAAAGCCAAGAGUUUAUGACCUCUUUCUUAAAGAGGUCAAUAGAAAUCCGUCGGCAUAAAGGCACACUGUGGGCAUAUCUGGAGUUUUAUAGGAAUCUUUUCAACAUGAUAGGGGAGAACCAGCACACUGUGGCAAAACUGGUCGUCAGCAUCUUUGAGAAUAAGACACUGAUUAAGGAGCUACGGGAAACUGGAUAUGAUCUUCUCUUGACUGACCCUGCAUUUCUGGGUGGAGUGCUGGUGGCACAUUAUCUCCAGCUUCCCAUGGUUUUCAAUGUGCGCUGGCUUUUCAACGGGGAGGCCCACUUUGCCAUCGCUCCGUCUCCUCUGUCCUACGUCCCCCAGUUGUUCUCUGACUUCUCUGACAAGAUGAACUUUUUCCAAAGAGUCAAUAAUGUAAUCCGUCAUUACAUACUGGUUUACAUGUAUUACUAUGUCUCAAAUCCACCUUACCAGGCUGUGUGUGAUCAUUAUUUUGGACCUGAUGUCAGCAGCAUGUCUCUCAUACAGGGAGCUGAACUUUGGCUAAUGCGGAUUGACUUUACAUUUGAGUUCCCUCGCCCCACCAUGCCCAAUGUCAUCUACAUCGGAGGCUUUCAGGGUAAGCCUUCCAAGCCUCUUCCAUCAUAUUUAGAGGAUUUUGUGCAGAGUUCUGGGGAACAUGGGGUGGUCAUCAUGACUCUGGGGACCCUGCUGAGUGACCUCGGCCCUGAGAUAUCGGAGAUCAUCGCUUCAGCAUUUGCUAACCUCCCUCAUAAGGUCAUAUGGAGGCACAAGGGGAAAAGACCUGUCACUCUGGGAAACAACACCAUGCUGGUUGAAUGGCUGCCUCAAAACGAUCUACUCGGUCACCCUAAAACCAAGGUUUUUGUCACACAUGGGGGUACUAACGGAAUUUACGAAGCCAUCUACCAUGGUGUCCCAGUUCUGGGCAUUCCUCUCAUCUUUGACCAGUUCGACAACAUAGUGCGUCUGAAGUCCCGGGGAGUAGCUGAGUUUGUUGAAGUGACCACCUUGGAUGUUGAGUCUCUGACAAGUGCUCUUAAGAAUAUUCUCAACCCAGAAAAGCCAUACAAACAGAACAUGCUCAAACUGUCACAGCUCCAUCGAGACAAACCAAUGAAACCCCUUGAUAGUGCCAUUUUCUGGAUUGAGUACGUCAUGAGGAACAAGGGUGCAGCACAUCUGCGCACUGACUCGUAUAAGUUGCCAUGGUAUGCCUAUCACUGUCUCGAUGUGAUGGCAGUCUUUGUAGCAUUUGGUUUGCUUAUCAUCACAUUAGUUUGGGUUUCCUGUAGGUGUCUCAUUAGAUGUUUGAUAAUCAAUCAAUCAAUCAAUCAAUCAAUUUUAUUUAUAAAGCCCAAUAUCACAAAUCACAAUUUGCCUCACAGGGCUUUACAGCAUACGACAUCCCUCUGUCCUUAUGACCCUCGCAGCGGAUAAGGAAAAACUCCCCAAAAAAACCCCUUUAACGGGGAUAAGAAACAAAAAGUCCACAUCCAAAACAAAGAAUGAAUAGAUGACCAAUUAAUGAUGCAAGCUGAAGACUGUUGAUGAGAGUCAGACAAAACAGAUCUGUAAUUUACAGUGGUACAGAAAAAAAGGAAUGAUAACAGGAAUCACAUACAGAAACUACAUGAUUAUAUUAGUGGGAAAGUGUUAGAAAUUCUAUAAUAGCUUUAAAUGUUUGAAUUACUAGCACUAUUUUCUGCUGAACUGCCUUUUUGCAAAAAACAACCAAUUAGCAGGAAUGGUUUUACGAUCUUUGCAAAUUUCCUACACUGUAUGGUGAUUAAAGAGAAUCAUAAAUUACUUCCACAUUGUUGUUAUGCUUUCCCUUUAUGGUAUUUAAUUAUCGUUAUCAUUCAUUCACAACUAAAAAAAAUACAAAUAUAAAAUAUGAGACGGUGAGUUUAUUGUUUUUGAAAACAAAGAUUUAUCUACAUACAUGAUUACAAAUGAACAUGGACACAAUGACACAAGGAAGAAUUACAGACCUUUGCAAUAAAGACAAUGUAAUGAUGAGACUGUUUCAUAAUUUUUACAAGAAGCACACUUGCAAUUACCAUGGCUGCCAUUAACUGAACGCUACGUUUAACGCUACGUUAAACUUCAUCUGCAGUUUGUGCCACAGGCACACAGCCAGAUUGC